CAGUAGUGUGAACCAGGGGACUGCAGCUGGACACAUCACCUCCACCUCAUCAUGCGCCCACACACACGACCUGAGUCUCCAUCCGUGCACUCACCCAAGGUGCACCUCAGGCAGUUGCCCUCACACUCUGUCAGAUUUAGAGGCUCCUGUUAAGCCACACCGCAUCACCAAAGAAUCUUCUUUCCUUCUCUCCAUCCUGGCUUUGGAGGAUGAAGUCUUAGUUCAGAAGGACGGCUGUAGCUGAGGAGCAGGAUCAGCUGAUCUGGGACCGGGCGCUUUAGAAAAAAACCCAAAAACCUGCAGCACCUUCAGGGGACCAAGUCCACGCAACAGCAUAAAGCCUGUCCGUCACCCUGGGAUCUAAGGAGGCAAGCGGUGCGCCGGUGUCGGCCAUGAAGCUGGUGAAUGGUGGAGGAGGUGGUGGAGGAGGAAUGGGAGGAGGGGGAGAGAAAUCUGCCUUCUCCUUUAAGAAGUGCUCUGCUUUUCAGUUUGUCAAGAGAAAGGUGCGAAGGUGGAUGAGGAAUCCCAAGGUGAGCGUAGAAAAAGCCCAGGGGAAAGGCCUCCUUUGUGCUUGCCCAAAGUGCCCGCUGACUGAAGACCUGUGGUACACACACUUCCCCUCACCUUACUGCUGCUGUCACUACUCAGGCCUACAGGGGGGCCAGUAUUAUCACCAGGAGCCGUGCUCACCUUGUGCUGCAAGCGGAACGAGCAGUGGGCACGAGAAAAGCAAAGGCUUCAAGGUCAGGAAGUGGAAGAUGCUGGCUUGCCAUCACACUGAAAACAAGCAAAAGGAAGCUGAGUCAGAAGUCCCCAUGGGAAGCUGUCAGUGCUGGGGGCUCCAUGGCUCUUCUGUCCUUGCCAGUCCUGUGAUGCUGGAGUGCUCCAUCUGCAGUGGACCCUACAUCGGCUACGCCCUGGAAGAUACCUGGCAGCCACGCCAGCGCACACAGGCGAUGGACCUAUACUACCACAACGAGUCAGACCUGGACAGCUACUAUUUCCCUGGUGACAACACUUUUAUGAAACAAAGGAGGAUGGGUUUGAAUGACUUCAUUCAGAGGCUCGCCACAAACUCCUACGCCUGCAAACAUCCGGAAGUUCAGUCCAUUCUGAACUUGAGUCCCCCGCAGGAUGCUGAGCUGAUGAACGUGAACCCUUCACCUCCGUCCAGCCCAUCCCAGCAGAUCAACCUCGGCCCAUCUUCUAAUCCUUCAGCCAAACCCAGCGACUUCCACUUCCUUAAAGUGAUCGGCAAAGGCAGCUUCGGGAAGGUGCUGCUGGCACGCCACCGCACAGACGACCAGUUUUACGCAGUCAAAGUGUUACAGAAGAAGGCCAUUCUCAAGAAGAAAGAGGAGAAGCACAUCAUGUCAGAGAGGAAUGUGCUGCUAAAGAAUGUCAAGCAUCCAUUCUUGGUUGGCCUGCAUUAUUCUUUCCAAACAGCAGACAAACUGUAUUUUGUCUUGGACUACAUUAACGGAGGAGAGCUGUUCUACCACCUGCAGAGAGAACGCUGCUUCCUGGAGCCCAGAGCCAGGUUCUACGCAGCAGAGAUAGCCAGUGCACUAGGAUACCUUCACUCCCUAAACAUCGUCUACAGAGACCUAAAGCCUGAAAAUAUCCUGCUUGACUCACAAGGACACAUCAUUCUAACAGAUUUUGGGCUCUGCAAGGAAAACAUCGAGCCUAAUGGGACCACAUCGACCUUCUGCGGUACGCCAGAGUAUCUGGCUCCUGAGGUGUUACACAAGCAGCCGUACGACAGGACAGUAGACUGGUGGUGUUUAGGAGCUGUUCUCUAUGAGAUGCUGUAUGGCCUGCCUCCGUUCUACAGCCGUAACACAGCAGAGAUGUACGACAACAUCCUGAACAAGCCCCUGCAGCUGAAACCCAACAUCUCCAACUCAGCCAGGAACCUGCUGGAAGGUCUGCUGCAAAAAGAUCGCACCAAGAGACUGGGCUGCACAAACGACUUUAUUGAAAUCAAGAACCACGUAUUCUUUUCACCAAUCAACUGGGAUGAGCUUAAUGCCAAGAAAAUCACCCCCCCUUUCAACCCUAAUGUGACUGGACCCAAUGACCUGCGGCACUUUGAUCCAGAGUUCACGGAUGAGCCGGUUUCCAGCUCCAUUGGCUGUUCCCCGGACAGCGCCCUCUUUACAGCCAGCAUCAAAGAGGCAGCUGAGGCCUUUGUAGGCUUUUCCUAUGCCCCAUCUAUGGACUCUUACCUAUAGGAUUUAAGCAUAAACCAUGGAAACCAGUGUAGACCUACUGGACAUGAAACCCACCGUGUCCUCAGACUUGCAUCUUGACCCCCACACAGCAAUUCCCAUCAGAAUGGCGGAUUUCUCUGAAACAAUCCCUGCAAGAGCUCUUUGGCUUCACGUGUAUUUUAUCUUUUCUGCCCAGUUCUUGAAUGCAUUCGAUGCAAGAAUAUGUUCACCACAAACAGUGACUAUUUUCAUCUUAAAUUCUUUAUUAGACCUCAUUUCACAUUUCUUACCCUCUUGUGGAGGUCUUUUGCACUUUGCUAGGGCAGCUCCACAAUAUUUUAACACUACAUCUGACAAGCACACACCUAAUAUAGUUGUUCAAAAAAUAGUGGACUGAGCCACACUUUCUCUACUCUAGAGAGGUCCAUGUUCAUCCAUGUAGCGAAGCAACUCCAUUCCCUAACAUGGACCUACCUUUUGAGUCCAAAUAAGUAGCUUGGAGAUGGCAUUCAGUUUGGUGCUUUAUUUUCUCCUCUUUUAUCUAUUUUUUUGUUUCGAGAAGGGAGUCAAUAGAUGAAUGUUACAAGUCUUAAUUUCUCUCAGAGGUGUCCUUACUGUCAUCGAAGUUUGCUUGUACCCACAUUACAAUUUCAUCCACUUGUUGUUGUCUCGAGUGGAGGGAUUUAGCACUAAAUUAGUGCGCCUGUUCUGCCUUGAACACGUGAGACACGGGGACUCGGAUGACGUUUCUUACCUUCAUUUGCACAUUAAUGCUGAUGGCGAGAUGAAAAAGGGAGCACUGCUGCUAGGUGAGGAUGAGAGUAAGAGGGAGGGGUUGAGAAGUAGUUUGUUUUCCUCAAAUUUUGCUCGAAAACUGCGCACCCCCCCCCCCCCCCAUAGUCUUCCAUUCGCCUCACACUGUUGAAACCGCAGCCAGCUGUCAGGCUGCCAGCAUUGAAACAUUCCACUUUAAUAUUGCUGUAUUGCAGUUGGACUGUAUUUAAGUUUGUUUGUAUAUUUGAAGUUAUGUGUACUAGUUUUAAUGUAUAUUGAAAGAAACAACCUAAGGUAUGCUUUAUUAUGUGUAUGUAACAAUUCAUGUUUAAUGUACUGUAAAUUGUAUAAUGGUUUAUGUGACCAUGUUGAGUUUGCAAUAAAAGUUUAACUUUAUUACAUGUUCAAAA